AUGCUGCGCUGUGGACGGGCUGGGCGACCAAGCCCUGACAUGACUAUAACGAGUCUGACAUCCGCUACGCAGAAGGCUUUGCUUGAAGCGGACAGCAAAGACGCAGAGCUGGGCAAGACGCUGAACGGGCUGGUGGCGGUGGAUGAGGUAGCCCCAGAGCGAAGGAUCAACCCUGGCACCUGGAUUUCUGAGCCGCCUGAGACCACAAAUCUCUUGAA